GAAGUUUCUCGGCCACCCGAUCACCAAACUAUGAUGCGACAACACACCUGAACUCAUACACGGCCAAUUCGAGAAAUACUGCGACAACAAUGGGAUUGGGUACGAGAAAACGGUUCCAGAUGCGUCCCAGCAGGUUGGGGGGGCAGAAAGAGUUAACCAGAUCAUUGAACGAGGUGCGCGUGCUAUGCUGGUAGACGGUGAACUGAGCAUGUUCCUGUGGCCACUCGCUGCGCAAGCCACGGUGCACAUCAAAAACCGUGUGCCACAUCAAUCCCUCGCCGGCAAGAGAACGCCGUUCGAGCUGUGGUUCCAUCGCAAACCCGACCUCUCACACCUCCGUCCUUUCGGUGCACUGGUCACUGCACGCAAGACAACUUCUGACACCCUCAUGAAGCUCACACCGCAAGGCGAGGAGGGACGUUUUGUUGGCUAUGCACGCGAUUCCAAGGGCUACCUGAUAUGGUUCCCCAAGUCGAGAACCAUUCGUUCCAGGCGUGACGUUUGAUUCCACGGAUUCCCCGACAUUCUACCUCCUGUUCCGCUCUCGGAUAUACUUUGGGACAAUGGUCUGACUGGGCGCGACGCCAGAUCGGGCGAUGGUCAAAUACGAAUUGGUUUGGACAGGGAAGAUGUAACAAUGCCGUCCUCAGAGGCGAUGCCGUCCUCAGAGACGAUGCCGUCUUCAGCGACGAAGUCGCCGUCGGUGGCUGACAUUCCGGAAUCCCCGAUGCCGUCUUCAGCGACGAAGACCCCGCCCUCAGAAGCGAGCUCAACGGACAUGCCCUUUGUGCAUGACUCACCCGAUGUUGCUCCGACUGAGGACGUUCCUAUGGCUGAGGCGCCCCGAUCGACUCGAGUCCGCCGAAUACCUGCUCGUUUUCUGAUCAACCUCUCUGAGGUCGAGGGGGGACGGAUACUAGAGCAGGUACUGGAACACGGCGACGAGAUUGAGAUCGAAUGCGAGAAGGAGGAACUCCCACUUGUCACUUUGGUCAUGGCAAGAGCUGAAGCCAGUGUUCAAACUGCGGAAGAAACUGUCUUGGCUGCACUCACCGACCCAAUUGACGAUCCCGACGCUCGAGACCCCCAAUCACUGCAUGAAGCCGAAGCCAGUAUCUACUGGAACUACUGGCUAGCUGCUCUACACGAGGAACUGGAGUCUCUCAAGGCAAAGGGAGUCUAUGAGGAGGUGGACAGGCUCCCGCCAGGCAGGACAGCAGUGAAGUCCAAGUGGGUUCUACAUCUCAAGCGCGACCAAGAUGGGAAGAUCGCCCGCUUCAAAGCGCGUCUGGUUGCCAAAGGCUUCACGCAGAUACCUGGCCAGGAUUUCACAUACACAUUCGCCCCAGUUGCACGAUGGGAAGCCAUUCGCCUGGUUCUGGCCCUAGCUGCCGAUUACGACAUGGUUCUCCGCCAGGUCGACGUCAAGACAGCUUUCCUGAACGGACUGCUUGAUGAAGAAAUAUACAUGCGCAUGCCAUCCAUUGUAGGCGAAGGGUUUUGGCGACUUCUCAAGGGUCUGUACAGCCUGAAACAGGCGGGUUGUCAAUGGUACCUCGAACUCAACUCACGACUGGAGGCUAUUGGGUUCAAACGAACGGAGUCCGACUGGAGCGUGUAUACCAGGACACGAGGAGCAGAGAGAUCUUACCUCACCGCCAGCGUUGACGACAUGCUGAUUGCCUCGUCAUCCACCAAGGAGUCGAACCUAGUUGUCGAAGAACUUGCGAAGCAGUUCGAGAUCACCGACAACGGCGAACCAAAGUUCCACCUUGGCUGUUCCAUCACACGUGACGACGACGGAAUCCGGCUCGACCAGAAGACAUAUGUUGAAUCCAUCUUGCGCACUUACGGGAUGGAGAAAUGCAACUCGGUCCAGACCCCAAUGGAAGCGAACGUGCGGUUGUCCCCGGCUACUGCAGAGGAGCAUGAGCUCGUCAAAGACUUCCCAUAUGCUGGAGUUGUCGGCAAGUGUAUGUACCUCACGACUUGCACGCGACCAGAUAUUGCUUUCACGGUUCGGGAACUAGCUCGGCAUAUGGUGUCAUACGGUCCAGCUCAUGUGGCAGCUGCAAAGCGGCUGCUGCGUUACCUGCGAUGGUCUAGCCAUUACAGCAUCCUGCUAGGCGGUAACAAACCGAAGUCCGAGCCACCGACAUUCACUGCCAUGACCGAUUCUGACUGGGGAACAGACCCUUCGACUCGGAAAUCGGUCUCUGGCUUUGUCAUUCUCAUGGGGAAAUCACCGAUAGCCUGGAGCUCGAAGCAACAAGCAGUCGUUGCGUUGUCGUCUUGCGAAGCUGAGUAUCUCGCCACCACUCAUUGUGCCAAGGACGUCCUGUGGUUCCGCAACCUCUUCCACGAGCUAGGCUUCACCCAACGACAUGCGACUACCCUGUUCUGUGACAACCAGGGCACGGUUGCAUGCAUGCAUGACCCACACGCUCACUCCAGAAUGAAGCACAUAGCCAUCCGCGAGCACUUCAUCCGUGACUGCACAAUUCGCCGACUCAUCGAUGUCAUUCACGUGGGUCGCCGACCUAUUCACGAAGCCAUUGGCGCAACCGACACACUCGAAGUGGAUCCAAAUGCUCAACCUCGACGUGGGUCAUGGGGGGGUGUUAUCAGGUGACCAACGCCGAUAACAUAAUCGAUUGGAUUACACCGUGACAUCUAAUGUGACCUGGGCAGAGCAGUAGACCCUAUCGGUCUUACCUGCUCUGUACCAGGUGCGUACACUAUUCUAUCUGGUCUGUAUACAUAAUAGAUCGGUCUUACUUGCUCUGUACCAGUUCGCUUAAUAAUUUCCCCAUUGGCCAGCGGGUUCAGGGGCAACUUUUUCAGUGUUGGCGGGCAACGCGCCUGGGUCAGGAAGGCCAAGUGCACCCGUGACUAGUGCUGCGAUGGCUGCUGGUUCAUAUCCUGGUUGCUUCAUAUGCCUUAACCCCCAAAAAACUUCUCGUAAAUUUCUUAUUGCGAACUGUGAAGCCGGUCGGACAUGGAAAUUUUCAAGCAGUCGUGUGGUGAUGAGAUCAGACUUCAAUCUAAGCACAUAGUGUGGGUAGUUCAUUGAAAAU